AUGUCCGCCCUCCCGCGGCUGCGCCUCUCGCUCGCGCUCUCGCCCUCCUCGUCUGCGCUCGACGAGCUCCUCUCCGCGCACGGGUACUGUGUCCUCACGCACCUCGAGCAGAGCGACCUCGCCACCCUCGUAGCAGCAGAGGCGGCGGGCAGCAGAGCGCUGCUGCAUCACCGACGCCGCGGCCACUCGAUGGGGAUCGCCCGGCGGCACGUGCACGCCGAGCACACGCAGACGCGCCGCCGGUCGCAGUGCUCGCGGCUGCCCCUCGCCGGCGUCGGCGUCAACAGCGUGCUGGACCGGCAGGGCCGGCUGCAGCGGCACCAGCUCCACCUGCUGACAGACGCCACCGCGCUUGAGCUCGUGCCGUGGCCGGCAAGGCCGCCCAGCUCGCAGCUGCGGCCACAGUGCCAGUGGCAGUAUGCCGGGCUGGCCAGCAUGCGCGCGGACCCCGGCCUGCUGACGCUGUUCCGACCGCUAGUGCCUCUCCCUGUAGGACCGCGCGCGCACGCGGACCCGGGCCUACUGACGCUCACGCUUGCGUCGCGCGUGCCGGGGCUGCAGGUGCUAGAUCGCGCGACCGCGACGUGGGUGGACGCAGAGGCGCUGUGCGUCGGCGAGGAGGAGGUGCUCGUGCUGUGCGGCGAGUCGCUCCAGCUGUUCUCCGCCGGCCGGUACGAGGCGUCGCUGCACCGCGUGAGGCACGCGGACGGGCCUCGGACGUCGUGCGUCUUCGAGCUGCGCGCGCACACGGUACCGUCGCCGGAGGAGGAGGAGGAGGAGGAGGCUGCGGCGGAGGGGGGGGGGAGAAGGGGGGGAAGGGGGGGAGGGGGGGAAGGGGGGGGGGAGGCGAGGGAGGGGGCGGGCAAGAGGGCUCGCCCAGCAAAGCUUGCGGCGGCGGCGGUGGGGGGAGCGGCGGCGGCGGUGAGGGCGGCGGCGGCGGCGGCGGCGGCGGCGGCCGCGGCGGCGGCGGCGGCGGCGGCGGCGGCGGCGCCUCCGCCUUCCGAGGACGGCGAGGGCGAGGCAUUCCGGUACUGCCUCGGCUUCGUGCAGGAGCGGCUGCGGCGCGGCUCUCGGCCGUCGCAAGUGCUGCGCGAGUUCCACGCCGCGGACGGGGAGGGUGCGGCGGGGUGCGACGGGUGGGGCGCAGAGCAGCUCGCUCGUUUCGUGCACCGCUGGGUAGCGGAGCGGCGGGAGCGCGAGGAGGUGGAGGCCGCCUUCGAGGCGGCGGAGUACGUGGAGGUGACGCCCGCCUACGCGGACUGCACGGGGAGGUACGUCGAGGUGAGCUUCCCUCGCGCGGCCUGAUUCUGCAAGCUGACUAUAUGAUGAUUGUUAUAUUAGCG